AUGAAAGCUUGGCUAUGGAAUGAAAUCUUUGGGAUGAAGACGCCUAUUGACGAGCAAAAACUUGUUUUUCUAUUAAAAAUUCUUAAAGAGGAAUGGGAUAGGUCAUCGAAUGGAACGGAUGUAGUUGCUAUUCCUGGUGCCGCGAUUAAGAGAUCAGCUUCUUCUCACGUUUUACUAACUCAACAAGAAAGAUCUUUGUCUCCCGACUUUAAAAUGUUCAUCGACGAAGACGGUGACUUAACAAAAACAGUCAUAGGAAGACCGCAAUCAAAGCAGUUGGUUCCGUUAGUCAUUGGGGAGUCCAAAAUUGAUAUUGUAGAAGUCUCUCAGAGUAAAGUCAGUGAAGAGCGAAAUAGAAUGAAUUCGCUGCGAACGGAUAUUGAAAAACGAGAUGAAAAAGCGCCACCAGACAUAUAUGUCGAGAUGUUGACCACCGACGAGAAAAUUGAAAAAGUCGAAAACAAAAAAGAUGCCAAUGAAAGUCAACUCACGCAAGAAUUUAAAGAACAAGAGAGAAGUAAAGGAAGUAAAGACAGUCAAGACAUCGCUGAAAAGAAAAAUUAUAAAAAGAAGGUCAAUAUCAACAUCGACAAAAAGCCCGACUUCUCUCCACUCAACAUUUCUUACUUGGAAGCACUCCCUUCGAAGAAAAAUACAGACAACUUUGACACUAAGAGAAGCGAUAAAAUCAUCGAAGUCGAAAUGCUCCCCACGAAGAACGAAAAAGUUGAAAAACUCGAAAACUUAUCGAACAGUAUGACAUUACGUGGGAGAAAUGAUAGCCGGUGUGGCGGAGGAGAACAAGUUGGAGAAUGCACAUGUGAUAAGUCAAGCACAAAAACUGUCGAAAGUUCACAAACACAAUGUCAACCAAGCACAAUCAGCCAAGUCGAGGCUAUGGGGUUGAAAGCGAGGAUCAACGAAUUGGAACGAAUGGUCGACGACCUUAGUCAGUCGCAAUCUGGGAAGAACAAUAGGAUGUCGAAAUCAGCACAAAUCUCGCCGACUGAUAAUUCACCGAAGAGUUCUCCUCGGUUAAGAGACCUUAAAACACACAAAGGCUCCGACGCAAACAAAAGCUUCUUAGGGUUUUCAUUUUGGAAAAAGAAAGAAGACAAGAAGUCACUUGCACGGUCGGUCUCAGCACGGAUUGUUGUUGAAAAGGAAGAAACCAAAAAGAUUUUAACACCACAAUUGACUAAAAGAGAGAGUUCAACCGAAUUGGAACAACCAACACAAAGCGAAUUUCCAAGUAUCGGAGUGGAGGAGUACAGACAAGAGGUCAUCCGACUGAACAAACAAAUCGUACAAAUGCAGAGAAAAAUGAAGCAGAAGGAUUCCGAACUUCAAGCACUGGUCGACGAACAAAAGAAUUUUUUCCCAAUGGUCAAUUUAAAAGAUGUUGAUUAUUUCAAUAACAAAAUUUCAACUGAAUUUGUCGAGACGGUGUUGAGCUGUUUAUCGAACAAACCAAUUGACGUUCAACAAAAGUACAUUGGGCACUUGAAUGACUGUGUUGAAGUGAAAUUGGCUGUUCCAGACAGCGUGUCCACUGAACGGAAAACAAAAGAAUUUCAUUAUACCAGCCCGAGUGUGCGGCCAAAGAUUCAACGUGUGGCUUCGACGAUGUGUUUGACGAGAAGCGAAGUGCCAGUCACACAAAGAGAUAUGUAUCAAUGUCUCUGCCAGACAUUCCAAUUGCAACAAGAAGACUAUUAUCACAUGUUUCAAGUCAUAUCGUACUUGUACUUUGCGCCAUUCAGACAACAAUCGAAUGUGCGAAUCAUCAACAAAUUGGACCAAACUUUUCCAGAAAUGAUGAUGAUUGAGAGAACAUUAGUGCGCAAUUUGAAGAAAGGUUUUGUCGAUGCGUUGAGUGAAUAUGCGAUGAAGCUCAAAUUAUACAUUCCAUUUGUGUUGCUGAAAGAUAAAAUACUCUUCGAGUGUUCGAGUGAAAUCAACACCAUCGAAUUCAAGUCGACUUACAACGAAAGGAUGAGCGAAUUCAAAAAGAAGUAUGGUGGAACACUGACAAUUCCAGAGUUUACUGUGUGUGUUAAUCGUAUAUCUUCGCGAAUUACAGAGAUGGCCAGAUUCGUGCAAGACAUCAUGCGACACAUUCCAAUGAACGACGCCGAAUAUACAAAAGUGUUGGACAUUGUCACAAUCACGCUACAAACAGACGAGGAGUUGAAAGAUGCCAUUGUAGAAUACCUCGAGCUCGAAGAUGUCAAAAAUGUCGAGCAGAAAUUUUUAACGACAUCAACGCGCAUAUGCGAUGGAAAACGCCGCGUAAAGUAUUUUGGAGGGAUGAAGUUGGUGACCCCUGGCGAGGUUGGGAAGGAUUGGAAGAUGUGUCUCUUGUUCACCGACGUGAUGAUUGUCGCGCGGCCGUUUGUGUUUGGCAAGAAAAGUACACGUGACCGUGAGAAUUUGCUCCGAUUUGAGAAUUCGCCGCGCGGUCGCGAUGUCUCCGAGUUGAACGAAUACCGUUUUAAUGAAGAGUAUCGUAUCCCAAUACGGUCGCCAGUGAAUGUGAUGAACAUCAUUGACACUGAUAGUGUACACAAUGCUUUUAUGUUUGGGUGCUUAGGGGUGAGGAAGAAUUGCAUGUGUGUUUCAACGCGGGAGCGGGACAACUGGGUCCAGGCAAUAGUUCAAAUCAACGAAGACACUCAAUAA